AUGGCGGCGACGGAACAUUUCUUCGCGAACGGAAGGAGGCGAAAAAACGGGCGUCAGGCCAAGGGUGACGAGUCCGACGCUCGAGGAUCGAAGGGAGGGGGGGAGAGGCCGAGGCCGGUGGCGGCGGUGGGGGCGGCGGCGGCAGCAGCAGCAGCAGCAGCAAAGCUGGAAGGUGAAGAGGAGGAGAGGGAAGCGGAGGGGCUUCGUGUGGUGCCGCGGCACGUGGCAUUCGUCAUGGACGGCAACGGGCGAUGGGCAGCUAACAGAAAUUUGCCGCGGAGGAUUGGGCAUGCGGAGGGAGCCCGCCGAGCAGGGGAGGCGGUUGAGGCCUGUCGACGCCUCGGGGUUGAGUUCGUGACCCUGUACGCGUUUUCGACGGAGAACUGGAGGCGGCCGACGGGGGAAGUUUCUUUCAUCAUGGAUCUGAUGGAGGAGACUCUGCUGGAGCAGCGUGACAGCCUUCGCCGGAACGGGAUCCGGCUCACGGCCAUCGGAGAGCUCGACCGCCUGCCGGCGCGGCUCCGCUCCCUCCUCCUAGAGAUUCAGGAGGACAGCAGCAGCAGCAGCAGCGGUAGCGCAGCUGUAGAUGGGGUUGCUGCUGCUUCUAGCGCCCCAGGCGCCCCGCCCUCUGUGGCGAUUCCGGUGGCGGCGGAGGCGGCAGGCGGGGUUUCCGGCGCUAGCAGUAGUAGCAGCCGAAAUAGCGGCGGCGGUGGCAUCGCACCACCGCUGCCACAACCCGUCGCCGCACCGCCAACCCCGACGAUGACGCUCUGCCUGGCCAUCUCGUACGGCGGGAGGUCCGAGCUCGUGGCGGCGGCGCGGGAACUGGCCGCCGAGGCCGCCGCCGGCCGCCUGGACCCGGCCGACAUCGACGAGCCGGCACUCGCCCGGCGGCUCAGCACGGCCCGGCUAGGCAUCCCGGACCCCGACCUGGUCGUGAGGACCUCAGGCGAGAGCCGCCUGUCCAACCUGCUGGUGUGGCAGUCGGCGUACUCGGAGCUGUGCGUCGUGGGGAAGGCCUGGCCGGACUUCCGGCGGCCCGACCUCGUGGAGGCGUUUAGGGAUUACGGUCGGCGAAGAAGACGCUUCGGGAAAACCCCGGAGCAGAUGGCCGAGCCGUAGUGUGACCAGCACCCGCAACACACCGCCGUCCUUGUGAGAGCAGGUGGACUGCACACAAGACACACUACACGUGACGGCAUGGGUUAACGUAUUCGGUUUCGAAAGCCCCCCGACGCCUGGUCUGCUGCUGCUUGGGCCGCAGAGAUAUUUGGACGUGGGGUAUUUUGUCGUCAGGGAGAACAAUGGCUGCGGCUCAAUCUUUGCGGUGGCCGUACGCAUUUUUGGCGGGUAUUAGAGUGUGCGGCCAGCGGAUUGCAGCAUUUCGGUGAAAAAAAGAAAAAUAUCGCCAACAAUGUUUUGCUCCAGUUCAGGCUACCGGCCAAGCUUGAAACUUUUUGCGGAUCGUGGGGCGUGGUUCUACAUGUCCCGUCUAUCAAGCGUGGAUGCAUGUACAUACGCGAGUGGAGCUUGCGGCGCUAUGUGCUCUGCUUUCUCUUGUGUAUCAUGUAUGGAUGCUGCGGUUUCAGACAGGAAAGAUGCUUCGCUCUCUAAUUAAGACACCUUCACUGCAACCCAUGGUGUGUGCCGAUUCGCGUGUGGAUGCGUGUAGCUGCUCUGUUGUAGCCCACAACACCAUCGUCCCCUUUCGUGCUUUUGAUCAUUUUCCUGGAUGAUUUGUGGCGGA